AUGGCUGCGGAGAGAACCCAGGAGUCCUGGUCCCAGCCCCCCACUUCUGUCCCAGAGCCGGGACAGAACCCAGGCAUCCAGGCUGCCAGCGCCCCCCACGCCCCGCAAUCGCCUAGACUGUGCAGCUGGUUCCUGGGGAGGCAUAUUGGAGGAUUUGGGGGUUCGUGCCGUGGACGAGCCUCCCACGGUGAGGGGCGUGGGCUGUGCCAGCAGGGCGAUGGCCGCGAGCACGCUCAAGUUUGGACCGAAUGGCUCCGCGCGCUGUCCAGUGGGGGGAGCGUGGCCUCCCCCCCGCCCUCUCCUGCCAUGCCAAAGUACAAGCUCGCGGACUAUCGCUACGGCAGAGAAGAGAUGCUAGCACUUUAUAUCAAAGAGAACAAGGUCCCAGAGGAGCUCCAGGAUAAGGAAUUCGCUGCCAUUCUCCAGGAAGAGCCGCUGCAGCCGCUGGCCCUGGUCCCGCUAACGGAGGAGGAACAGAGGAAUUUCUCCAUGUCGGUGAACAGCGUGGCAGUGCUGAGACUGAUGGGAAAAGGAGGUGGAGCUGCUCCUGCUGGAGUCUCCCGGGGGAGGGGCAGUACCCGGAGCCGAGGCCGGGGCCGAGGUGAGAGCGGGUUUUACCAAAGAAGUCCGGAGGAGCCGGAGGGGGCGUUCGGGCGUGGGGCCCGGGAGAUCCACCGCAGCCAGAGCUGGGACGACAGGGGCGAGCGGCGGUUCGAGAAGCUGACCCGGCGGGACGGAACCCGGGCUCCCUUCGAGGAAGGGGCCGCACCCCCCCGCAAGGAGUACGCCCGCUCGGACAGCAACAACUGGCGGACACUGCGGGAGGAGCAGGAGGAGGAGGAGGAGGGGGGCGGGGGCGCUGGCCCCACCCCCACUGGGGCGGCUGCGGGGGGCAGCUGGCGGCUCAGUGGGGCCCGGCGCGAGAGCGAGCGCUGGCGGUCGGCCAGCCCAGAGGCGCGCCCGCUCCGGCCGCUUGGCGGAGCACCUGAGGGUCGGCGCCGCAAUUCGACUAACUUCCGGGAGCGGGAGGAGGAGCGGGGCGGAAGCGGCGGCACCGGGGCAAGCGACAGUUCGAGGCACAAGAGACGGGCUGCCCGAGUGGUGGCAUGGAUGACGAAGGACGAGGGAGAUGGGACGACUUCGACAAUCUCUGGCGCCUUCAAUGCCCCUCAAGGAGCCUCGCCCCCGGGCGGUGGCUGCAUCUCAGCGCUGGGCGAGGGGUCCCUGGGUAACUGGCCGCCCCGCCCCAGAGGGGACUGCGUCCCAGCCCCAGACGCGGGGUCCCUGCGUGAACACCCGUGUCUGUGUGGCCGCCCCGCAGGGCCCUUCACCACGCAGGAGAUGGCGGAGUGGUUCCAGGCCGGCUAUUUCACCAUGUCGCUGCUGGUGAAGCGCGGCUGCGACGAGGGCUUCCAGCCGCUGGGCGAGGUGAUCAAGAUGUGGGGAAGAGUGCCUUUCGCGCCAGGCCCGUCGCCGCCCCCGCUGCUGGGGAACCUGGACCAGGAGCGGCUGAAGAAGCAGCAGGAGCUGGCGGCUGCCGCCCUCUACCAGCAGCUCCAGCAUCAGCAGUUCCUGCAGGUCAUCAACAGGUACCUGCCUGACAGGCCGCAGUUCGCCCAGUGCGCGCUCCAGCAGAAGCUGGCAGCCGGGGACCUGACCCAGCAGCAGCUCACGGCUUUCCUGCAGCAGCUGCAGGCUCUGAAACCCAGAGCCGGGGAGCAGAACCUGAUCCCGGCGAUGAACCGCUCCAUGUCCGUGCCAGACACAGGGUCCCUGUGGGACGCGCAUACCUCAGCCUCACAGCCUGCAGGCGGUGAGGCCAGUCUAUGGGAUUUACCAAUUACUACUUCAACUCAGGGUCCAAUCUUAGAACAACUGCAACUGCAACAGAAACUCCAGGAGCGCCGUGAUGCGGAACUCAGGGCUAAGAGGGAGGAGGAGGAACGCAAGCGCCGCGAAGAGAAGCGGCGCCAGGAGGAGCAGAAGCGGCGCGAGGAGGAGGAGCUGUAUCGGCGCAAACAGUGCCGGCAGCAGGAGCUAGUGCUGAAGCUGCUGCAGCAGAGCCAGGCGCAGAGCGCGGCGCCCUGGGGCGGGCUGGCCAAGCCCCCCGGGGGCAUGAAGGCCCUGCUGGAGCUGCAGGAGAGCGAGCGGCAGCUGCAGAAGCAGCAGCGGGUGCAGCAGAGAGUGCAUGGGGGGCUCGGCAUGAGCAGCCCCUCGCAGUGGGGCGCCGACUCCAGCCUGCUGUGGAGUCAUGAGAAGAACAGCCUAUGGGACGAGAGCGGCAAGAACCUCAGGAGCCUGGGGCUGAAGAGCAGCCGCAGCAGCCCCUCCCUCGGGGACAGCUACGGGGGGCCGGGCCGGCAGAGCCGGAAGAAGACAGAUGAGGAGGAGAAGCUGCUCAAACUGCUGCAGGGGAUCCACAAGCCCCAGGAUGGCUUCACGCAGUGGUGCGAGCAGAUGCUGCACGUCCUGAACAGCUCCAGCAACCUCGACGUCCCCACAGUGGUGGCGUUCCUGAAGGAUAUGGAGUCCCCGUACGAUGUUCACGACUUCAUCCGCUCCUACCUGGGCGACACGGUGGAAGCCAAAGAGUUUGCCAAGCAGUUCCUGGAGCGGCGCGCCAAGCAGAAAGCCAGCCAGCAGCGCCAGCAGCAGCAGGAAGCCUCGUGGCUCAGCUCCGGCAACUUGCCCUCCCCGUUCCCGGCCAACCACGGCACCAAACAGCCGCCCUUCGAGGGCAGCCAGCCGGUGAAGAUCAAGAGGAGACCGGUCAUGCUGCACGCUGACCCCAGCAUCCUGGGGUAUGUCGCGGCAAGCCCGGCAGUCGAGGUGGAAAAGCAUUGAAACGACUACUGAAGUCUCGUAGCAAUAGGACUCUGCCUGCCUUCGUAACCGAUUCCGUCUUAGCCUGAAUGUGCACUGCGAAAGGACGAGGAGGCCGUGCUGGGCCCUCCUUUCCGUCUGCCCCCCCCCCUCGGCAAGCGGCGGGCACCGGGUCUGGUGGGGGGACAGCUCAAGGGGCGCAUAGCGCUCGGGAUCGGGGCGCCAGGCUGACCGCCUUCAGAGAGGAGAUAUGUGUAGCACUUCUUUCUCGAACACACUAAGCACCUUAAAAUGGCCAACCCGCUGAUAGCACUUUAUCGAGACUUUUACAAGAACUCAUUAAAAAAAAAAAAAAAAAGAUUUUUUUUGGUGAUUCUGGAGGAAAUUUUUAUAAAGAAACUUUAAAAAAAACAAAAAAAAUCGCUCUAGGAAACACUGUUAUUUUCACACGGGGAUGAGGAGAGACGUGAAAAUUUGCAAAGGGGAAAAGAGAAGAUUUCAUUUAAAAAAAA